UUCAAUUCAAGAUGAGCUUCAUCGUCAGGCGCAGUUUGUCAACCCUCAUCCCACCGAAGAUUGCAUCUCCCAAUGCAAUCGGUGCGGCUCAAGAUGCGGCCCGCAUGACGCGCGUGGUCAGCUUCUACGAAAAGCUCCCCCGCGGCCCGGCUCCGGAGCUCGCGAAGAAGAACCCGUUCACAUCGCCCAUGCAGUGGUAUUCGCAGAAGCACUUCGGGAAGAACUCAUCGGGGUGGCCACUCAUCCACGCCAUUGCGGCGCUCUCGCUUCUCGGUUAUGCGCAGAACUACUACUUCCAUCUCCGACACCACAAGAACAACGCGCACUAAAGCAGGAGUCACUAGAUAUCCGAUUCUGAGCCGAUUAGCAUAAAGUGUUGUGUGUAUAUAGGACUCAUGUCUGACUAGAAUUCAGCCGUUCAAGAAGAGUACGAGGUUGAUGUAUGAGGUUGAUGCGUGAUUCAUCGGUGUCUAUAGAUUUCGCUGAAGGGUUCUCUGUUGUUAGCAGUUGCCUCAGCAUGGCAUGAAGGAGGUCCUGUCCACUGAUGCCUAAUCCUGUCUACUUUCAUACUGUGGUCUCUGUGACAGUUCCAUAGCAUGUUCGUCAUUGAGGGAGAAACUUCCAUCUAUCAGGUCAUACUGCAAACUCAUAUUUCGUGAUU